UGGAAUUAAGAUAUGAUAAUAUGCGUGAUUUUAUUGACCAGUGCCGAUAAGGUUGUAUACCGGUUUUAUGGUAUCGUCAUCUUUGACUUUCAUCCGAUUUAAAACAGAUAUAAAUCAUUGUAUAUAUAGUACCUACACAACAUUCAAAUCAUUUUCCAAUUCUAUUGUCUAUGCUGAUUCGACUCGAAAACGUGAAUCAAAUCUCAGAGACCGCAGUAUCUAAAAAUGAGCAAUUGUAUAAACAUCUGUAUUUCUUUUACAGCCGCAAACGACCUUUACAUGAAUGCCUAAUACUAGAGUUACGUGAAGCAGGAUACACAGAGUCUGCGAAUUACCUACAAGAUCUCAUAUAUGACAACGUUCAGUUGGUGGCUGAGGACGACAUUGGAAUAGUUGUUGACUUAAGGAAUAGGCCUGAUUACUUGGAGCACAUUAGUCUCGGUCUUAGGAAGGCUGAGACGGAGAAAGAUAAAGGCGAUAAGAAGAAGGAAUGUUUGAAUCUUUUAGAGUUAGCCAUGUAUUAUGCUGAACAGGAGAAAGGUAUAUUGUGGCUAGCAGAAAAGUUUUACAUGGCUACUAUUGCUGUUAGUAGUCAAUAUUUAGUAGAUGGUGGCAGACAAAAGGCGUGCUGCAAAUAUCAUUAUGCCAAGUUCCUGUUGGAUAAAUAAAAUAUAAUUUACGUUGAGCCCCCUAUUGAGCAUGCCGAUCAGGUCACUGAUGAAGACAGUGACAAGUCCGACGAGGAGCAUGGUGCGAACCUAAAUCACUUAGGACGAAGACUGCUGCAAACUAACUGCGAACUGCAACGUUUUCGAGGAGUAAAACAAUAUACAGAUACCAGUUGGGCAUUAUACGAAGUUGAUAGUAAAGACGCUGAGACAACACCUUCAGAUACCGUAUUUGCAGUAACUGCUAAGCAGUUGCAUAGAGUGUUAUUAAGCAAAGCUAGGGCUAUCAGAAAAGAAGACCCUGGAAAAGCCGAAAGGCUGUCCAGAUUGGCCGAAAGACGAGCAAAAGAUGCCGAUGAUAUUGAUAAGAUUGCGGAAGCAAUCAUAGAAAUCGGAAUCUGUCAGUUGGCGAUGAACAACUUGAAUAAUGCCCAAAAGACAUUCGAAAGAGCAUUUAAGAUCCAUUCGGAGAGUAAGAAUAUAGAAGGACUGUGCGAAACUAGAAUGCACCUCGCUGCUGUUAUGCAAAAGUUAGGUGACCAUGAGAUGGCUGCCAAGUUGCUAACAGAGAUGGGAGCACUCGCAAUGGAAUAUAAGCUUCGGAGGCAGCUGGGCCGUGCUCUUCACCUUCUUGGAGAGCUUCACCUUAGGAGAGAACGGCCUGAUCUUGGCACUCAGCACUUAGCGGAGGCAUUUUCUUGCUUCAUGGGUACAGCAGGAUAUCAAGAUAAUAGUGGUAUUAGUAUUACUCCAACAAAACAGGACGAGAAAGGAGUAUUUAUCUUUUCAAAAAAAACUACAAAUGAAAUAUAUGAAGAAGAAGCUGAGCAGUCACGGCUUAUGAUGUCGAUAUCUGCUGGUCAAGAACUAAUGGCUUCCUAUUUUGAUUUGCUAAGAGAAGCAGGGACAUGUGCAGUGGCCCAAACUAAAAUCAUAGAAUGGAAGCUGUCUCGUGCAGGCUGAUUAAAAUUUGCAAUAGCUGAAUGUACCGCUGAAGAUAUGGACAUUAUAUCAACGUCUGCUGUGCUGGAACGCACUAACACUCAUGAAGAUAUGAAGAGAAUGUAUAGUAGUCAACGCAAGAGCCGGAACAAAGUCGAAAAUAGGAGCGCGAUUAUUGAUCAAUCGUAG